AUGACAGGUGUAGAAUUAUUUACUGAAAAAUGUCGAGAUUUAAUAGAUAUUGAACGUGAAGAAGAAAUUAAACAAUCAACAGAAGCAUUAAAAGGUCAACCAAUAAAACGUCUUGCUGAAAAAGGAUUAUGUUUGACACGUCUUCGUUUUCAAUAUACAUAUACAGGUUUAUAUGGUCGAACAAUUCUUGUUUUCGAGGGUGAAUCUCUUUCACGUGUACAAACAUUUGGUCCAGGUGAUAUUGCUGCUAUUUAUCCACAGGGACAUUCAAUUGAUGAACAAAUUCCAUUAACUCAUGGACUUAUAUUUCGUUUAACAACAAAUACAAUACAUGUAACUAUUGAAGAAAAUGAUGAUGACAAAUUUAAUUCAUUCGGUGAUAAUUGUCUUUUUAUGAUUAUUAAAAUGGCUAAUGAUGUUACUUAUCGACGAUUAAAACAUGGUCUUACUUUAAUGAUGAAACAACGUCAAGGAACUGCUCAUCAUUUACUUGAUAUUGCAUUUGAUAAUGGUGAUCCUCUUCCAACAAAUUUCUCUCCAAAUACAGGUCCAUCACAAUGGUUUAAUGAAAAUCUUGAUGAAUCUCAACGAGAAGCAGUUAGUUUCGCAUUAGCUUCACGUGAUAUAUCCAUUAUUCAUGGACCACCGGGCACUGGUAAAACAACAACAAUUGUUGAAUAUAUAUUACAAGAAGCUUUGAAGCGUGAUGCAAAAAUUCUUUGUUGUGCACCAUCAAAUAUAGCUGUGGAUAAUCUUGUUGAACGUCUUGGAAGAAAAAAACAAUUAAAACUUAUUCGUCUUGGUCAUCCAGCACGUUUACUUGAAUCCAUACAAUGUUUUUCAUUAGAAUCAAUUGUUACAGAAAAUUAUCAAGAUGUUAAAAAUGCUUUACGUGAAGAUUUAAAUCAAUGUUUUAGUAAAUUACGAAAAUCAUCUACGGAGCGUGGUGAACGUGAACAAUUAAAAAGAGAAAUAAAAAAUUUACGAAAAGAUAUUCGAGUUUAUGAAGAAAAAGCAAGUCGAGAAGCAAUGAAAUCAGUUAAUGUCAUUCUAUGUACAUUAACAUCAGCAACUGAUGAUAGUCCAUUAAGAUUAUUACCACCAAAUCAUUUUGAUUUAGUUGUUAUUGAUGAAUGUUCACAAGCACUUGAAGCCGCUUGUUGGCUUGCUUUAUUACGUGCAUCAAAAUGUGUUCUUGCAGGUGAUCAUUUACAAUUACCACCAACAAUCUUAAGUGAAAAAGCUGCGAAAGAUGGUUUAUCUAUUACAUUAAUGCAACGAUUAAUUGAACAAUUUGAUGAUAAAAUAACUCGUAUGUUAACAAUUCAAUAUCGUAUGAACGAAGCUAUAAUGAACUGGUCAUCGAAAGAAUUUUAUCAAGGAAAAUUAAUCGCUGAUAAAUCAGUUAAAUCACAUCUUUUAAAAGAUUUAUCAAAUAUUUCUAAACGUAAUGAUGAAGAUGAAUAUGACGAUGAAAAUCUUUCACAAUGUCCAUUAUUUCUUAUUGAUACAACUGGUUAUGAUAUGCCAGAAAUAUGUUAUGAUGAUGAAAAUUCACGUGGUAAUGAAGGUGAAGUUGCACUUGUUAAUACACACGUUAAAGAAUUAAUUGAAAAUUACGGUGUAUCUAUUGAUCAAAUUGGUGUUAUAACCCCAUAUAAUAUGCAAGUACAAUUAUUACGUCAAAAACUUUUAAAUCAAUAUCCAACAUUAGAAAUCAAAUCUGUUGAUGGAUUUCAAGGACGAGAAAAAGAAGUUAUUAUUAUAUCAAUGGUUCGAUCAAAUUUACAUGGUGAAGUUGGUUUUCUUUCGGAUUCUCGUCGAAUAAAUGUUGCUAUAACACGUGCACGUAGACAUUUAUGUAUUAUAUGUAAUGUUCAAACAGUUAGUCGUGAUCCAUUUAUAAAACGUUUAAUGGAUUAUAUGCUUGAAAAUGGACAAGUUCGUUCAGCAUUUGAAUUAGUUGAUGACGAUAAUUUUUUUCGAGGAACAAUUUCAUCAAAAAAAUCAACAGCAUCAUCUAAACAAUCUAAACAACAACAACAACAACAAACAAAGAAACCGAAACAACAAACUAAACCACGUUCAGAAGCAACUGAAACACUUGAAAAUGCUCUUACUCAUAUUCUUGAUCAACGUAUUGAUGAUUUUCUUAAAAAUCCUAAUGCUCAACAAUUACAAUUUGAAGAUGGUUUAUCACCAUUUGGUAGACGUUAUGUACAUGAACUUGCAGAAAAACAUAAUUUACAACAUAUGAGUGAAGGUACUGGCGAUCAAAGACAUAUAACAGUCAUGAGAAAAUCUUCAAUAGAGACGAGUCCAAAACCACAACAAACAGUUAAAAAUAAUAUAGAAGAAACGAAUAAACAAUUUCGUACAUUUUCUUUAUUAUCUGAAGAAAAGAAGGAUUCAAGUCCAAUAGUUGAUAAAAAUAGAAAAUCAUCAACAGAAAUAUCUAGUGAAGAGAUAAUCUCAACAGAAAAAUCUGAAUCACCUGUAUUAGAUUUAACUAAUCGUUGUCGAUAUUGCCAUAAAGAUAUUCCACCACAAAAUCUUCAAUUACAUCAAUUAUAUUGUGAACGUGUUAAUCCAUUACCGUCAGUAACUACUGUAAAUAAUGAAAUAUCUGAAGCAACAUCUUCUAAAUUAAAUAUUGCUUCAGAUCGUCCAAAAACAGUGAACAAAAAGAAAGAUAAAUUAGCAUCAAUGGAUGAUGAUGCUGCAUUCGAUGAUUUAUUGGAAGCAGCUCGUAAACAAGAUAAUGUUUGUAAUGCACAACGAUGUAAAAUCAAAAUAACUUUAUUGGGACAACUUUGUUCAUAUUGUAAUCGUCGUUAUUGUUUUGAACAUUCAAUGCCUGAAGUUCAUGGUUGUGGUCAUCAAGCACGUAAAGAUAUACGACAAACACAUAUAACAACCCAUUCAAAUGUUAAACCUGUUUAUGAAAAUAACCCAAUACAUAAAGAGAAGAGACCAUAUUUGGAAAGAAAACUUCAAGAUAAAAUUGCGACAAAAGAAGGUCAAAGAAAAAAGAAAGAAAAAUAA